AUCGAGUGCCAGAAAUUAUAUUUAAAAAAAAAUAAAAAAAGGUGGCAAGGAAACAAAUGACGAACUUUAGCCGCCAGUAUCGAGUCGCUGGUAACCUCUUGCAGGUGAAAUGAUGCAGUACCAUAUUAAUUACCCAUAAUAUUUUUCUUAGAUGACGUUAUUGUUCGUAAUAUUAACACAACUUUUCGUUUUAUAGUAAUUAACAAAUAUUGCCUUGAAAUAAUAAUUAACGUGAAUGUAUGUCAAAACUGAUGAAGUGUUGUCUCUAACUUCCGAUAGAAAUUGACAGAACAUGAAAAAAAGAUAUAUUUCAGAUAUUUCUCAGUGAAUUCGACAUUUGUGAACUGUAAUGGGAUUAUUAUUUUUUGGGAAAUGUCGUAACUUGGGGGCUCCAAACAUUUGGCAUUUGUAGGAGCGAGCUACAGCUCUGCCUAUCCCGAGCAGCUGAUGUGUAUGGUGAAUGCUUCCUUUGAUGUAUUCGAGUUGGGUAUCUUUCAUUGGGUUGUAUUCUUAAGAGAUAAUUUGACAGGGGUAAAAUUAUUUUGAGAAAAACCGUACUAUUUAUUCCUUUUUAUAUGAAGUUUGUUGAAUGAAGAAUAAUUUGCUUAUUUGUUACCCUUAGUGGAAUCAUUUGAACAGGAAAUAUUUUCCACAUUCCAAUAUUUAAAAAAAUUCUAACUGCAAUCAUAGUAUAAAGCGACUUGAAGCAUUAGAAAUUCAGUUUGCAAGAACAGACAUUCUUUUUGAUUGUAAAGAAACAAUUGUAUCUAAUAGUAAUGGAUGUUUCUGCAUUUUCUGAUGAAAAUUUUGAUGUUAAAGACUGGAUUAACAAAACUUUUAAAUCAGCAGAAGCUCAAGAGAACAGAGAUGCAUUUGUUUCAUCGUUGGUUAUGAAGCUGCAACUUUAUGUUCAACAAAUAAACAGUGCUGUUGAAGACACUAGUCACCAGGUUCUUCAAAGUUUACCUAGAGUUAUGCGAGACACUGAACUUCUUUUGCAAGAGGCUCUUUCAUUGCAUAACAUGAUGCAGUCUGUGAGGCAGGAAAUUGUGAAGGUGGAGCAGGACACUGGUCAAUCUAUAGCUUCCUUGGAACGGAUUGAUCGAAUAAAAUGUGACCUGCAGGCCGCUAGGGAGGCUUUACAUGAAGCUGAUAAUUGGACAGUAUUGGCUUCUGAUCUGGAAGAGGUUUUUGAAUCUGGAAAUAUUGAGAGCAUUUCUGCCAAAUUAGUGAGCAUGCAGCAAUCGUUGCAAGUAUUAGCGAGUGUUCCUGAUUAUGAAGACCGGAAAUUGCAACUAGAAGGUUUGAAGAAUCGACUGGAAGCAAUUGCCAGUCCACUUUUGGUGCAAGCUUUUACCACAGGUUCUUUGGAUCAGUCCAGAGUGUUUAUACGUGUGUUUACAUCCAUUGAUCGAUUGGCUCAGCUGUUGAAAUACUAUCAUAAGUGCCAGAAAGGAGCCUUACUCCAGCAGUGGUCUCAUUUAGUGGAAGAACAGGAUGAAGGAGUGCAGGAAUGGCUUCAUAAGUUCUAUGACAAACUCCUCUCCCACUGGCAUGAACAGGUGAAAUGGUGUGGACAGGUUUUCUCCAAUCCUUCUUCAAUGCACACACUAGUGGCCUUGUAUGCUGAUGUUCUUUCAUCAUUAGAGCCAAGCCCCAAUGUUUGCAUUGAUGCAGCCCUUAAACAGCAGUCUGAUCAGCUUAGAUUUCUUAUGGAACUCAAACAACUCACCAAACAUUUUGCUGGAAAUCUGCAAGUUGCUGUGGAGUCGGCUGUGCAAGGAAUAAUCACCAGAUCUACAGUCAACAGGAACAGGCAUCAGACCUACUAUCCUACUGUUCAUGAUGAUGAUGAUGAUGAUGAUGAUGAAAAUUAUGGAAAGGGUGUUGAGAAAGGAGAACUUCUGUUACUAGCCCAGUCAGUGUACUCUCCAUACAUUAAUCACAUCUCAAAAUAUGCCACAUAUGAACAACAGCAGCUGACUCGGGUGUCAGAAGGAAUAGUGUGUACUAAGGAUGACCUAAUGGACACCAUUCAGACUCUGGGUUUGUCUGUACCUAAAGCUGUGUCAGGAGCAAUGGAUGCAGCUCAAAGGUGUCAACAAUUUACAGAAGGGUGUGGUUAUCCUGGACUUCUCAAAUCUUUAAAGGUUUUCUUCACUAGCUAUUUGGACCAAUUCAAAUCAGCCCAACGGCGCUUAAAUCAACAGAAGAGGGAGCAAGAGGAUUGGAAUUUGUUUCAAAUGUGUCUCACCCUUCUUCAAAACAUAGGUGAACUUUUGCUUCAGUUGAAACAAUUGAAUAGUGACCUCAAACACUACAUAGUUGAUGCUAUUACUAGUGUAAAUGGCCAAGAGGAAAAUCCGUUUUCACAAUUUAAACAGCUAUUACUCACUGACGCAGGAAGGAAAGAAUUGGAUGCUCUAAUUAGCAAUGCAAAAGAAGAGGAGACUCAUUUACUGGAAGCUGUAGUGCAACAAGUGAACAAGCUUUGUAGCGAUGUGCAUCAUGUCACCUUCCAGGUCAUUUUGGCACCAGUUACAUUACAAUUGCAGCAAGUUUCAACUGCUCCAACAUGGUGCAAUACAAAUACAUCUGUCACUUCAGAACUGCCUGACUUCAGCUUUGCCCCUCAGGAGUACAUAACACAGGCAUGUAUGAAAAUUGGGCAGUAUCUGAUGACUUUGCCUCAGCACAUGGAACCCUUUUUGUUGAGAGAUAAUCCAGCAUUGGCAAUGGCAUUGACAGUAGCAGAUGCUGAGUAUGAUGCUUCAAGUUCAAAGGGUCAAACAGAAGGCGAGGGUUAUGCAGAUGUUCUGUUAGGGCUGGUGGCUCGAGGCACUUGUCAGACUUUCUGUGAAUGCAUUCUGGGCAUUGGAGAGUUAUCACCAGGGGGCUGCAAACAACUCGCAACUGACAUUGAUUAUUUAGGUAAUGUGUUGGAAGAUUUGGGACUUGCACUUUCUGAGCCAUUGGCGCAACUUGCAUUGCUAUUGCGGGUGAAUCCCAGUGAGUACCACAGUAAAAGCUCAGGUAGUGCCCCUCGUUUGGUUGCUGCUGUGCGUCAAAUGAGAAAUAUUACUUCUAGUUAGAGAGGUGUUGGCUAAAAUAUUUGAGGGGAAUGAAGUAGACUUCAUUGCCCCAGGUUACCAGGUACUGUAAUGUUGGUACUUCUAAAUAUACCAAGUGCAAUACACUUCACUGGUUCAAGAACAAAGAUACAGACUUUUAGCAAAAGCUGUGAAGUAUUUGCAGAUAUCCAAAGUGUCCUCAACUGUUUUAAAAUUGUAUACUAUAUAUUGUGGGAUAAAUUAAUAAAUUUCAGAGGAGAGAAGUGAUUUUGUACUUUCUUUAUUUUCAUGUAGAGUACAUAAACUAUUAUUUAGACUUGGUUUAAUUCUGCUUUGCACGGUGCUAUACAUGGAUGAAUAUAAAUAUUUUUUUCUAUAAUAGAAAAAUUAUAUGAAAGUCAUCUGGAAUCGUUAUUCAAUAUACCAAAGGAUUCAAUUCAAAGGAUUUUCCUUAUUUUCAAUGAAAAUUAGUCGUGCGAAUUUUUAUAAUAUUUAUAUAAUAAUUUUACUCUUAAAAAAAUUUGGUCAUAAAUUGUGAACCAUUUUAGAUUUUCGUAUCAAAUCAAAAUAUCUGUUUCGAAUUGAUGGGGCUGCAACUUCAACUAGAUCCAUGGAGAAAUAAGUUUUGUGUAAAGUACACCCAAAACUCAAAAUAUCUGUUUUGAGUUGAUGGGGCUGCAACUUCAACUAAGUCCAUGGAGAAAUAACAAUUUUGAUGAAAAUCUUGCAUAUGACUCGAGCAUUGUUCACAGACCGACGAACGCACAGACGUUUUCUGUAAAUCAAUUUGUCAUUAUCGAGGACCCACAAAACACGGUUUCUGAGCACGCGAGUUAGGGGAAGUAAUUUACUGAAUUAUUGCAGAACUCUAGUGCAGUCCCAAUGGAGAUUUUCUGUUGAAAAUUGCCCUUUUUGGCUAUACUACAUAAGUAUGAGAGAAUGUAAAAUAAACAUUACAAAUGUACCUACAGUAUUAGGCUUAAACCACCAAUAGGUGAUAUGUUAUGCAAAUCAUUUAUUUUCUUUAAUCCUGUGAUUAUACUUUUAAAUAAGGCAUUGUAAUAUUUAUUUUCUGACACCUGAAAGUCCAUACUUAAUGAUACAAUAAAUUUAACAUUAAACCAUUUGGAAUGCAUUAUAGCUGACAACAUAAAAUAGAGUGGAUUCUUGAGCUGAUACGUAAGCUAGCUAUUCCUAAUAGCCUACUCAGAUAAUGCAAAAACUAUGUGAUUUGGGGAUGAUUUGAUUAUGUGUAUGAACAAUAAAGACCAUUAUGUAAGUGUAUUAUUGGUUUAUUACCAUACUUUAUACUUUCUUGCUGUUUGUAGGGGAAAAAAGUAUUAUAAUCGUGUGUCGGAAAACGAAAUUUUGUCAGAAAAACUCUUAUUCAUUGUCUGUGGUAACGAAAAAAUGAAGGGGUCAUGUUGCACCGGAUUUUAUUGUUAAUUAUGUCGAGAUCGGAACUCCCUCAUUAUUAUUUUGUGAAGUAACAAGCUGCCAUUGCUUUAGAGAAAGUAUCAGUAACCCCAGUGAUGUGGUUGUUAAAUGUUCUUGUACAACCAUGCGUGGUUGAAUGUUUUUGAAUGUAAUGAAUGAAUGAAUGAAUGAAUGAAUGAACUUGAAUGUAAUGAAAUUAUGAGAUAUGUUUUUGUAGACACCUACUAGAUAUUGUACACUUUACUAUUGAGAGCAUUUAUAAGGCAGCACUUCGUCACAUUAUGUGGCCACCAGUGGUGUAGUUAAGAAGUGCAAGAGAAUUGAUCUCUGGGAAUAUCAGCUUUCAGAUUGAUGAAAUAAAGGCCAAACAUUAUGUUGAAGACUAAUCAAUACAAGCUUUAGUUGGUAAGAUUGUCAUUUUUAACUAGAAUGGCAAUUUCCAAUAGCACUCAGCCAGCACAAGUUGUGACGCAUGUAUUGAAAGUUAUUUAUUACUUUUUCUAGACAUUUCUUUUGAUUUUUUGCUUUAUUGGUGUAGAAGGUUUACAGUUUUUGUUUGUUUGACCAAUCUGGGAAUUGAAUGCUUAUUUGGUCGUUGAAAGUUGUGUUUGCAAAAUGUUAAAAUAAAGGGUUGAUUACGACAUUGUUUAAAUAAUAGUGCUAUACGUAUUUAGUUUCUGUAAAUGAAAUGUGUUUGUAAAUAAAAUAUCCUUUGAAUAAU